ACAUGACAUGACAGCUCAUUUAAAUUGACAGAAAAAUUUUUGUUAUUUUUUUACAUCUUUUUUUACAGAAAAGCCGGAUUUAUAAAUAAAGAAAAACCAAUUGAAGCUUGACAAUUAUUAAUAAGAUUGAAGUAAUAUAUUAACUAUUGAUCUAAAAGACUUGUAUGAAUGAUAAAUUAAUAGGAAAAAGUUGAUAUUUCUGACAUUUUCGCAACACGUGCUUUUACUCUAGUAACUUUAAACCUUCAACUUGCUCCAAAAGCAAUGGAUGUUCUACAGAGACCCGCCGACGAAUUCGUCAACGAUGGUCUUGUCGAAGAAAUGUGGGCCAUGAAAGCCAUGGAACAUGCUGAAGUGUAUUUCAAUCUUAUUUGCAACAUCGAUCCUAGAAGUGUUAAAUUAUCACCAUUCGAUGAUAUAAUCUACACAACAUUCAGACAGGAUUUUCCAAAUUUAAAAAUUGACAAAAUUCAAGAUGAUGAUUUGAAAACACCCGACCAAAAAAUCAAAUGGAGAGCUUUUAUUGAGAAGUUCAAUAAACUCGAAGACUUUUCCUAUGGUACACUGCUGAGAUCUGAGGCUGAUAAAGAAUUUUCACCCGAGAAUUCGUUGCUUGUUGUGCGAGUACAAUUUUUGGCAAUUGAAAUUGCUCGGAAUCGCGAGGGAUUGAAUGAUGUGGUGAGAGAAAAGUUUAAGCCUAAAGUCCUGCCCAAACCAACAACACCGCUACCACCAACAGCAGCAGAAGCAGCACCUCUUGAAGAAAAAGCAACAUAGUUUAUUUAUAUUCUUUUGUUAUUAUUCAACCAACUCGAAUUGUAACAAAAUUUGUUUAUACAUUUUUUAGAUUUAGUACGAUAAAUAGAUAUUUUUUAAGGGCAUAGCAAAGGA